CCGUCCCUGCGCUGCCUGCCGCGUACCUACCGGGCACGAGCACGCAGCGUGUGCGGGAGCCUGGUGACGCGGGGCGUGCGGGCGCAGGCGCGGAGCUGUGCGUGCGCGGAGCGGGGAGUCGGGUUCAAAGGAGGAAACAUGGCGGAAAACAAAGGAGGCGGCGGGGAGGGGGCCGCGGAGCCCGGCCCGGACGGCGGCGGCCAGGAGCCCGCGGCCAUCCCCUCCGGCUCCGCCCCGCCCGCGCCCGCCGUCGCCCCGCCCGAGGAGCGCGAGAGCCCCGGCGCGGCGGCCGAGAAGGGCCCGGCGGAGGCGGAGGCCGCGGCGGGCCCGGGCCCCGGCCCCAGCCCGGUGCCCCCCCUGCCGGCGGCCGCGCCGGGCCCGCUGUCGCUGCUGGACACCUGCGCCGUGUGCGCGCAGAGCCUGCAGAGCCGGCGGGAGGCCGAGCCCAAGCUGCUGCCCUGCCUGCACUCCUUCUGCCGCCGCUGCCUGCCCGAGCCCGAGCGCCAGCUCAGCGUGCCCGUGCCGGGCGGCGCCAACGGCGACGUCCAGCAAGUUGGUGUGAUCAGGUGUCCAAUAUGCCGCCAGGAGUGCAGACAAAUAGACCUGGUGGAUAACUACUUUGUGAAGGACACUUCGGAAGCACCAAGUAGCUCUGAUGAGAAAUCAGAACAGGUGUGCACUAGUUGUGAAGAUAAUGCUAGUGCUGUGGGCUUUUGUGUGGAAUGUGGGGAAUGGCUGUGCAAGACAUGCAUAGAAGCACAUCAACGAGUAAAAUUUACUAAAGAUCAUAUGAUCAGAAAGAAAGAGGAUGUCUCCUCAGAGGCCGUGGGAGCAUCUGGUCAACGUCCUGUUUUCUGUCCUGUCCACAAACAAGAACAGUUAAAACUUUUCUGUGAAACAUGUGACAGACUGACAUGCAGAGACUGUCAGUUAUUGGAACACAAAGAACACAGGUACCAGUUUUUGGAAGAAGCUUUUCAGAAUCAGAAGGGUGCAAUUGAGAAUCUGUUGGCCAAACUUCUUGAAAAGAAGAAUUAUGUUAAUUUUGCAGCUAAUCAAGUGCAGAAUAGGAUAAAAGAAGUAAAUGAAACUAACAAACGAGUAGAACAGGAAAUCAAAGUGGCUAUUUUCACCCUCAUCAAUGAAAUCAAUAAAAAGGGAAAAUCUCUCUUACAGCAGCUUGAGAAUGUGACAAAGGAAAGACAGAUGAAGCUAAUACAACAGCAGAAUGACAUCACAGGGCUUUCGCGGCAAGUGAAGCAUGUGAUGAACUUUACCAACUGGGCCAUUGCAAGUGGUAGUAGCACUGCAUUGCUAUACAGCAAGCGGCUGAUUACGUUCCAGUUGCGUCAUAUUUUAAAGGCACGAUGUGAUCCUGUCCCAGCUGCUAACGGAGCAGUACGCUUCCAUUGUGACCCCACGUUCUGGGCAAAGAAUGUCGUCAAUUUAGGUAACCUUGUUAUUGAAAAUAAACCAACCCCUGGCUACACUCCUAAUGUAGUAGUUGGACAAGUUCCUCCAGGAACAAACCACAUCAACAAAGCCCCUGGACAAAUUAAUCUAGCACAGCUGCGGCUCCAGCAUAUGCAACAGCAGGUGUAUGCACAAAAACACCAGCAGUUGCAACAAAUGAGGAUGGGGCAACCAGCUGGGCCCCUUCCUAGGCAAGCAGGCCCUCAGAUGUUACAGCAACAGCCUCCUAGGUUGAUCAGCAUGCAGACCAUGCAGAGGGGUAACUUGAACUGUGGGGCUUUCCAAGCACACCAGAUGAGAAUGGCUCAGAAUGCUGCUCGUAUACCAGGAAUACCACGCCAUAAUGGACCACAGUACUCCAUGAUGCAGCCGCACCUUCAGAGACAACAUUCUAACCCAGGGCAUGCCGGGCCCUUUCCAGUUGUUUCAGUGCACAACAACACUAUCAAUCCAACUAGUCCUACGACAGCAACCAUGGCAAAUGCAAACCGUGGUCCAACAAGUCCAUCUGUUACAGCAAUAGAACUUAUUCCUUCAGUCACAAACCCAGAGAAUCUACCUUCCUUGCCAGAUAUUCCACCCAUACAGCUGGAAGAUGCUGGUUCAAGUAAUUUAGAUAACCUACUAAGUAGAUACAUCUCAGGCAGUCACCUACCCCCUCAGCCUACAAGCACCAUGAAUCCUUCCCCAGGACCCUCAGCCCUGUCUCCAGGAUCAUCAGGGUUAUCCAAUUCCCACACCCCAGUGAGGCCACCCAGCACCUCCAGCACAGGCAGCAGAGGCAGCUGUGGUUCAUCAGGCAGAACUGCUGAGAAGACUGGCAUUAACUUCAAGUCUGACCAUGUGAAAGUCAAGCAAGAGCCAGGGACAGAGGAAGAGAUAUGCAGUUUCUCAGGAGCAGUGAAGCAAGAGAAAACAGAGGAUGGCAGGAGGAGUGCAUGCAUGCUUAGCAGCCCUGAGAGCAGCUUGACACCACCUCUCUCCACUAACUUGCAUCUGGAAAGCGAGUUGGAAGCAUUAGGAAGUCUUGAAAAUCAUGUAAAAACUGAACCAACAGAUUUAAGUGAAAGUUGCAAACAGUCUGGACAUAGUCUUGUAAAUGGGAAAUCGCCAGUGCGAAGUCUAAUGCAUCGGUCAGCUAGAGUUGGAGGAGAAGGCAACAACAAAGAGGAUGAUCCAAAUGAAGACUGGUGUGCUGUAUGCCAAAAUGGAGGCGAUCUGUUAUGUUGUGAAAAGUGCCCAAAAGUGUUUCACCUCACUUGUCAUGUACCAACACUUCUCAGCUUUCCAAGUGGGGAGUGGAUAUGUACAUUCUGCAGAGAUCUAAGCAAACCUGAAGUAGAAUAUGAUUGUGACAAUUUGCAACAUAGUAAGAAGGGGAAAACAGCACAAGGCUUAAGUCCUGUGGACCAAAGGAAAUGUGAACGUCUCCUGCUUUACCUGUAUUGCCAUGAGCUGAGCAUUGAAUUCCAAGAGCCAGUCCCAGCCUCGAUACCAAACUACUAUAAAAUUAUAAAGAAACCAAUGGAUUUAUCUACAGUAAAAAAGAAGCUGCAAAAGAAACAUUCCCAGCACUACCAAACUCCUGACGAUUUUGUGGCAGAUGUCCGGCUGAUCUUCAAGAACUGUGAAAGGUUUAAUGAGAUGAUGAAAGUUGUUCAAGUUUAUGCAGAAACACAAGAGAUUAAUUUGAAGGCUGAUUCAGAAGUAGCACAGGCAGGGAAGGCAGUUGCAUUGUACUUUGAAGAUAAACUUACAGAGAUCUACCCAGACAGGACCUUCCAACCUUUGCCUGAAUUUGAGCAGGAAGAGGAUGAUGGUGAAAUAACUGAGGACUCCGAUGAAGAUUUUAUACAGCCACGUAGAAAACGUCUAAAAUCAGAUGAAAGACCAGUGCAUAUAAAGUAAUCUGAUAAUAUGGACCUAAACCUAUUGUAAAAACUGUUAUUUAAGUGUUCCUGGAAUAUCAUCAUGCCUUCAGUGGUCAUUUUGAAGAAGCUGAUAGCUUUUAGACAGUAUUAGAUUACAAAAAAUGUGUACAGAAACAUUCUUGUCAAAGGGGGAAAAGUUUGGUUGUAAUUUUUUGUGAGGUUGGAUUAUUUGGAAUUCCCUUUUCUUUUCCCGAGGACACUCUCGGCAUGUUCUCACAGUUAGACGUGGGUGAAUGUUGAUAAAGAUGCAGAGUUGAUAUAGGAUGCUCCUUGUACAGAUAAGUGGACUGUCAUACUGCCUAGUGAACUUUUCUGCAAGACUGGACCAAUACAGCAACUGUAUAUCACUUUCACGAUGGACUGUCGUCUAAACUGUAAGAAACUUCGCUAAAACAUCCCCUCUUGUGUGAACUUAAGUGUGAAUUGCAUCAUUGCUUUUAUCACCUUCUCAUUUAAGUGAUGUUGUGAGUAACUGAUCUUCUGUGUUAAUUCAAAUAUCUAGAUUCCGCUUUCUUUACAACGUUUUAUGUAUAGAAACAUUACAAAUGAUCAUUAAACUGUUCUAAAUUGGCAAGUGCAGGAGUGUGAGUUCUUAAUACAUGCAGGAAUAGGCCUGGUUGCAAUGAAUGCUUUUCAGUAGGGUUCAUGCAUAUUUAUUAAUGGAGUCCUAUACACAGAACACUUAAAUGCAUUUCUUGUUGGAAUUGUUAGGAUUUUAUUCUCUCUUCCAAAUCCCUUUGCAGAGGCAGAUAGCGCCAAUAUUAGUUAUAUACUUUUCUAUACUUAUUCAUUUAGACUGAGAAGAUAACUGGUGAUUUUCCAGUCUUCCUUAAUAUCAGUUUCCGAUAGACCACUAUUGGCAAACAAUAACCUGACUACCAAAUGUGUAAAAUUUUCUGUAUUCACUUUGUCUUAUUUGUAAAUAGUGGAUUGAAAUUUUUUGCAGCUCAGCAACAUUUGCUGAGCUGUUUUUAAGCUUAUAUGUAUUCUUACUAAUGUUCCUAUCAAGAACAGAUUUGUAAUAUAUGCUGUCUUUCUAACAAUGCAUUCAUAUUGAGGUUCUAUCUAAUUUUAUUAGAGAGCCACUCAGAACUUUCUUCAGAAGCAGCUUAUGAGUGAAAUACCUAGAAAGAUUAGAAUAAACCUGUUGGAAUUGGGUUACUUAUCCAGCCACAAAAUGGAGCACUUGCACAGACCAGGGUUUGAAAUUUUGAGUGAUUUCUGGUUGAAUUCUGAAAAUAGAUCAGUCCCUAUCCAAACUCUGUAUAAAGUAGGCACCUCUACUUACACCUUCCCAUUGAAAACUGCCUUGAUUGCAGCAUUUGUGGGUAGACAUACCAGCACAAUGAACUGGUUAAACUUCCUCUACUGGCCUGAUCUGCAAGGAUUGGCACUAAGAAAUGUAAUUUUUAGCCUUUUGUACAGAUGAAUCUUUUGUUAGAAUAAGAUGAAACAGUCCUGUGUGUGACCGCAGACCGGAUCAGGGUGACCAGAAUGUAAAUUUGCCAUGAAAUUUUGCUUAAAUACAGCAGAUCUGUGGCAAAUGAAUUAUUUUUGGCAUGAGCGAUUCAUAUGACAAACAUUGCAUGUAAAGAACGAUUUAACUUAACCAUAAAGUAGAGGUAAAUAUUUUUAGCAAAAAAUGUAUUGAAUCAAAAUAAAUGAUGCUCUAAAAAAUUCUUUAUGCAAAACACUUAGGAUUAAUUUUCUAUCUACAUAGAAAAAAAUAAAUUCACAUGUGACUAAAUCCUUCUAAAAUAUUGGAAGGGAUUUGAAGGCAUUUACAGCUUUGUCUUACUUCCUUAGGUUACCUUAGAUAUUACACUUGAACAAAAUUGUUGGAUCCUUUUGUUUUAUUUUGUUCAAAUGGUAACGUUUUCUCAAAGGAUUUUGCCCCAUUAAAUGGAGUCAUUAUAAACCAUUUAUAUUUGAAUACAAAAAGUAGUUACCCAACUUCUUUAAAAAUGUACAUAUGUACAUUCAUGUAGUGACAUUUUGUUAAAUCUUUGAGUGUCAGAAGAGAAGGAUGGGAAGUGUGCGUAGGAAAUUCUAACCUUUUGGGUAAGAUUAGAUCUCUUAAUGACUACACUCAUCACCUAUUCGUUGUGCAGUUUCUAGUUUAUCUCAGAAAAACUUGUCAAUUUGAAAAGGAAUAUUCGCUAUUAAAUUAACAGUGGGAAAUGAGAUUUCGUGGAUUGUCUUCAGUUUGUGUUGCUAGUUUUUAUGGCAU